AUGGUCGACUACAAAGGGCAGGCACGUGCAGAGACUCUUCUAAUGGUGUGCUUUGUGGUCAUUUGCACGCCCGCCUGGAUCUAUGGCUACUUCCAGCAAGACUUUACAUACCCAUUUCAAGCGUGGAUGGCAGCUACAGUUCUUGGCGCACUGUUGGUUCUACCAGAUUGGGCAAUCUACAAUCGCAAUCCGAUCAAAUGGCAGCCCAGUGUCAUGCACGUAAAGAAGAAAAGCAGUUAA